AUGUCGAGUCCUGCGACUCCACGUCCGACCAAUGCCAUCGUGUUGUCGUGGGACGAUUUUCUCUGCCCUCUCGACCAGUGCAUUGUUCAGCUGCUCCUCCACGCGAGCACCAUCGGGCCCGUUUUUGUCCUGUGCGAAAGCGGCGCGUUGUUCAUCGAAGGGCUAUGCACGGCCUAUUUGCCUGGCUGCGCGCAGUUAUUCUCGUCCCCCCAGCACCAAUCGCGGAUUCAGCUCAUCUGCGCCGCCACGACCCUCACGCCGGCAUGGCACGGACAAAUCCUUCAGAUAUAUCUGACCCAACAAUUGCCUGUGAGUGCCUCGUAUGGUUUGGUGACUGUGGGGGGCGCCGGGCUACGGGAGGGUUGUUUGGCGUUGGUGAAGUAUGCGCCUGUGGUGUUACCCAAGGUGUUGCGCGUACUGUAG